UAGCAGACAAAGGUAAUCCAAGACCUUGCGGGAAAGAGUGCUGAUAUUUGUCUCCCUGGCAUGAGAGGGGAUAUCUCAAAAUUGUGUGUUUGUGAUGCAUCGUCCUGAACAUCAUCCGUACAGUCGCGCAAUUCCCAACGAAAGACGUGCAAAAAAGUCCGUGGAUAUGUGAUGUUAGAUGAGCACGACGUAAUGACAACUCGGAUUGUUAGGCCUACCGACUGAUACGUGUUUUGAUUUCGACGUCAACUUAGCCACAAGGACAUGGUUUUUCAAGUUGAGAUGACUUCUGCACUCUCCAGUGGCUCGCGUGUCGUUCUCUGAGUCAUAAGCAACCAUGGGAAAUUGUUUAAAAUCGAUGUCCUCUGAUGACAUCUCACUACUUCGAGAUAAUCAAGGGGCAAGAGACUCAUCAGCUGAUCAGCUAGGGCCCCCUCCACCUUACCAGGAGACAGUAUCAAUGCCCGUGUACUACCCAUCCCCCAACGUGAGUCGUCCCGCCUGUCAGCUGACGGAGGAAGAACAAGUAAUAAUCGCUCAGCGCAUCGGUCUCAUCCAGCACCUUCCAACGGGUCUUUACGAUGGCAGCAAGAAGAACAGGGAGUGCGUCAUCUGCAUGGGAGAGUUCUCUGUGGGCGACGCGGUACGGUUCCUGCCCUGCAUGCACAUCUACCACACGGACUGCAUCGAUGACUGGCUGAUGCGUUCCUUCACGUGUCCCUCCUGCAUGGAACCGGUUGAUGCGGCCCUCCUCACCACCUACCAGACCAACUGAGGAGGAGGUGAACACAUCGUCCGGCCACCAACUCCAAACCAAGCGAAGCGGGCACGGGUCGCGUCAGGUGCCUGGAGUAGUGAGGGUUAGCCAUGGCCUUUUUGAAGACCUGCCUACUUCCCACUAGGAGUGUUACAAGUAGCAUACGUCACCGACAGCGAAGGCUGAAAGGAAAGAACUCGUCGGAGGCGCUUGUGCACGUGAGCGCCACAGAGAGUCCGUUUGUACAUAUCUACGGACAUCUGCAGACGUGUACAUGAUGUGGAUCACCACCUGACACAAAGUUCCUUUUUUUUGUUCCUCGUUUUGGAACACUGUCUUUGUUAUAUUACGCGUCGGGUAAUAUCAACGCUGAGACAACGGAAUCAUUGACGAUUUAGUGUGACGUCGGGCGUUUUCGAAAAGGAUUUCGAGAUCCGUCUCGUGUGGGAUAAGAUAAUCAGCGUCGUGUAAUGUUUUGGAGUGACUCCAUUUCUGAUUGUUGUUCGCGACAAUUGUUGCAACGAAAUUGUUGGCCCUGUGCAGCGCUUUCGGUCCGUUUGUUCUUAAAACGUUUUAUUUAUGAGUUUGACCACACACACAUAUAUAUAUAUAUAUAUAUAUUUAGACUAUGGACCUGGCAGUCGUACUUAUCCUGUGUCGGUCGGAACCGACGUAUCGCUUUAGUUUUGCAGAUGCCAUACUCGAGUAACGUAAUGGGACAAAGGUACUGCACCAGAUUACUACGUUUGGUGCGACGGCUCUACAUAUAUAUAAAUAUAUACGCAUGUAUCUAUCCAGUACACGAUGAGACACGUAAGGCAUCGUUACACGAAAAAAAAUGCGGAAGGGCGCACGAUCGGAAAGUCGCUCUCUCGGGUUUUCACCACCCCUGUUGUUUGUCUCGCAUUUAUUUAUUUUAUCCUAUCACGUAGGCAGCAUGGGUUUGUUUUCCUCGACUCGAUUUUAACUAAGAGGAUUUUAAUGCUUUUUAAGUUUUAGUGGGGCAGGCAGAAUUCUGUCUUCCAAUGUGAGAAGGAUCGCAGGUGGCUCUGCCCACGUAGGACGAAGAAGGAAUAUUCCGUCUUCCCGAGUGUGCCGCCUUUUUUUUAACGGCGAGACGUCGUAACCAAUUAUAGCUCUGUUUGUAACACUACGCGUUAGUAUUUCUCGUUUUGUUGGUCCCCCCCCCAAAAAAAAAAAAAAGCACAGAGCAAAGUGAAGGGAAGGGAAUGCGUCGCUGUUCAUGUGCCUGCGUAUAAACCGUUUUGUGAUGCAUCUCGUAUCGUGUGGUCACACAGUUUUUUGUCCUCAACGGCCGACGUGGCAGAGCCCUGCGACGUGCAACCGUAGUCGUGGCCUAGUCAUUAGUAGUCGGUGGGGUUACAGUCUGUUUGCCUUCAACAUGUAAAUAAAAAGUGUUUCAAAGUUGC